AACCGCUCCCUGUGCCGGAAGUCGGGCGGUGGCGAAGCGUCGCGGCUGUCAGGGUUGAAAGGAGCUGCUCUUACUUGGCUGUCCUGCCUUUCAGGUUAAAAACAGCAAAAAAACAGAUUGGUCAAAAUGUCGAGCAAACGGGCCAAGGGAAAGAUCCCUAAGAAGCGCCCUCAGCGCGCUACUUCCAAUGUCUUCGCCAUGUUUGACCAGUCCCAGAUCCAGGAGUUCAAGGAGGCCUUCAACAUGAUUGACCAGAACCGGGAUGGUUUUGUGGACAAGGAAGACCUGCAUGACAUGCUGGCUUCAUUGGGCAAAAACCCAACAGAUGAGUACCUGGAGACCAUGAUGACUGAGGCUCCAGGUCCCAUAAACUUCACAAUGUUUCUUACCAUGUUCGGGGAAAAACUGAAUGGCACAGACCCUGAAGACGUCAUAAGAAAUGCCUUUGCAUGCUUCGAUGAGGAGGGCACAGGUUUCAUCCAGGAGGACUACUUAAGAGAACUGCUGACAACCAUGGGCGACCGCUUCACCGAUGAGGAGGUGGACGAGUUAUUCAGAGAGGCACCCAUCGACAAGAAGAACAACUUCAACUAUGUAGAGUUCACCCGCAUCCUCAAGCACGGAGCCAAGGACAAGGAUGACUGAAUGAGCUUGGAGGAUCUGUAAUUUCUUGAUUUGUGUUUCUAUAUAAAUAUAUACCUUGUUUGGUCUUUUUCCCCAGUUAGAUCCUGCUGUUGUAAGCCUUAGCUUUCAGCCAAGCUCAUGCCAAAAACAAGCACAACUAAAGGCAUUUCUUAAAAUGGGAUUUAUGCACAACUUCAGUUUCAGCCCCCGCAGAUUUGCACAUCUGAUUACAUAUGUCAUGAACUCUCUGCAGAAAAGGUUUCAUAAGUGGUAUAAAGUCACUCAAAAUGUGAAAACUGGGGGAAUCUCAUCUACGGAAAGGAGCUCUUAAUUUAAUGGCCUGGUUUAGCUGGAUUUUUACAUUUUGUAAGUUUAAACUUUUGAAAUAAAACUACUCUGUCAACUCA